AUGUUGACUACUUCACCCUUUGGAUUUUGUUCCUGUUGUUUAUUCUUGCUUAUACAUCACUUAUUUUUUUGCAUCAGCACGUUUUUUACUAAUGGUACGAUCGCCAUAAUUAUUGGGGUAAUAUUAUGGUACAUAGGCACCAUAUAUCUGAAUAUCAUAUUCGUCACCUCUCCAAGCAAACAUGGUUUAUUUUUAAAUACGCUUUCCUGCCUGUGGCCUUCCAUUGCCCUACAGUGGAGUAUUGAUGUAAUCAAUGAUUUCCAUAAGAGCGGACACAAGUGGACGAUGAGCAGCCUCUUUGAUAGUGGUACCAGAGGUGACAGAGUGUCUGUAGGUCUGGCAUCUACAAUGUUGGUUGUGGACGUGAUCUUAUAUAAUUUAAUUACUUGGUACAUGGAAAACAUCAAUCCUGGGCCAUAUGGUCAGACUAAGCCACCAGGCUUCAUAUUUCAGCAGUUGGAGGUUGAGCCGCAGAAGGCAACUACCACGAGAGGAGCGGGGUGUGAUGGUGGUCAACUGCGCAGCAAUCUCAGCUAG